AUGACUUCAACGUGUCGUGCCGCUGUGGUCACAGGAUCAAAUGUGGGAAUUGGAUUUGAAAUUGUUAAGAAUUUGUGCCGCCAAUUUGAUGGCGAUGUUUAUCUAACAAGUAUUGAAAAAGAAGAUGGAGAAGCUGCAAUAAAAAUCUUUCAGGACAGUGGCUUUUCCCCAAAACUCCAUCAGUUGGAUGUCAAUGACACUGGUAGUGUAAAUGCAUUGAAACAUUCUCUCGUAUCAAACAAUGGUGGUUUAGAUAUUCUUGUCAACAAUGCAGCAAUUAUGUACAAGAAAGAUUCUAAAGUACCAUUCUCUGAGCAAGCAGCCAAAACUCUGCAGACAAAUUUCUGGGGUGUAGUCAAUGUUUGUGAUGCUUUGUUUCCAAUCUUACAUCCACAUGCCAGGGUUGUCAACAUCUCCAGUCAAUUGGCCAAGAAAUCCUUUGAAGAAUGUUCUGAAACAUGGCGCUCUUUGUUCCAAGACAGUAAUCUGAGUAAAGAAAAACUUUUUCAGAUGAUGAAACAGUUUGUCUGUGAUGCUGAAAAAGGAAAGGCUGAGGUUGAAGGCUGGUCAACACACAGUUAUGGGAUUUCAAAACUUGGGGUCAUGCUUUUAACACAAAUUCAACAGAAGGAUUUUGACAAUGACCCUCGAAAAGACAUUAUUGUAAAUUCAUGCAAUCCUGGGUGGACCAGAACACAGAUGGGUGGACCAAAUGCCACAAAAAGUCCAGAAGAAGGUGCUGAUACCCCAACUUUUUUGGCCCUUUUGUCAUCAGCACUGGACACACAAGACCCACUUCCAAGAGGCAAAUUCUGGGAGGAAAGAACUGUACAGGAAUGGUGGUGA